CUCUUUGUAUGUUGUUGAGGUAUGUUGAGUUGUGUGGUUAGAUAGAUUAGGUUAGGUUACUUACUUUACAGUUAGAGUAUGUUUUAGGGUUAGGUUAUUGAGAAAUUGAAGUGGAGGUGACAAUCUAAGAGGGAUUGUAGAGUAUUAAAUUAUUUGAAUACCGUGUUUGUUUAUACAGGUUUGAGAAACAUCUGGACUUAUACAGUUUUAGACUCAUUUAAUUGUCCAAACAGUCACAGCUAAACAACAAUGAUGGCAAAGAGUACAUUAGAUGAUUCAAAAACGAAGAAUACUAGUUUUCCAAAGAUAGUUAUAUCAAAGAAAUUUAGGAAGAUGGUUAAAAUAAAACGAGAAAAAUCUAAAUCCAAACUAGUUUGUGAGAAGUGUGAUGUAAAUUUUGCCAAUUGGUGGGAAAUCAGAGAACAUUGGAUAUCCAGUGGACACAAAGCACCUGAACAGUGUCGUUGGUGUAGUAAGAGAACAUUCACUUUGCAAAGCCAUCUGUGCAAACAACAUUGGAAUAUUGCAAGUAUGUGUACUUAUUGUGGUCAGCUCUUCAUGUUUCAAGAGGACUUAGAAAAGCAUUUACUUUACCACGAUAAAACCCAAUAUCGAUGCUUUCAGUGUGGAAGACGGAGAAAGAAUGAGGAUCUUUUAAAUCAGCACAUGUACAAUCACUUCAUUUAUGAGAAGUAUGGGUGUAAUGUUUGUGAAAAAAGAUUUAAAAAGAAAAAGAACAUGGAAAAACACUUACGGGUAAUACACUUAAUUUGUCAGUAUUGUGGUAAAAAAUGUAAUGAUAAGGAAGAUUAUAAAGCACAUGUUGUAACCCAUGAUGAUUUAAAAUGCACUUUUUGCAAUAAGGUUUUUUCUCAGAAAUGUCGCUUGAAGUACCACUACCAGUUGAAACAUGGCCAUCAAGAUUUUUACAAAUGCACCAUAUGUUUCCAAAGAUUUGUAACAAAAGGACGGCUGAUGGAACACAUGAAAUUGAGACAUAGCGGUAAAGGGAAAUUUUCUUGCAAAAUCUGUGAUGCACCAUUCCUAUAUUGGCAACAAUACAUCAUCCACUUUGAACGUGUCCAUGGAAAACCAUGUGAUCCUAAAAGUUUCAAAUGUUCAUUCUGCGACUUUAGCACUGACUCAAAAUGCAAAUUACAGUGGCAUGUAGAAAAAGUGUCAGGGACUGGGUUCUUUUGCAAGAAAUGUCAAAUCCAGAUGGACUGUAAAGGAAUAUACGAUAAACACAUGGUGAUACAUGAUGGAGAGGAGGUGUGGACAUGUGACUUUUGCUGUCGUAGUUUUAACAGUGACAACAUUUUGAAGCAUCACAUCAGUUUAUGCCACAGAGAAGAGAUGAUUGCACAGAAUCCUAGAGGCUAUCCUUGUCUGGUGGAAGGUUGUGAUAGAUAUUAUUCUUUGAAGAACAGCCUCUCAAGGCAUAUGAGAAGGCAUCACUCGGAAAGUCCUGACUUCGGUACCAAUCCGAUCUGUGCCGAAACGACUGUUGUCUGUCAUUCUCCUCUGUUGAGAGAAGGAAAAAAGCGCCAAAGAAUAUGUAGUACCUCCUCUGAAGAUCAUGAAGAAUAUAAACCUAUUAAAGAAAAGUCAAACUGUACAGAUAACUCGGAAGUAUCAAGUGAUGCUGAUGGUUCAUCCAGCAAAAAAGAUUUAGAUGAUUUAAAAUCUGAUUCUGUUGAUCAGUCAAUUAUAACUGAAGUUAAUGUGUAUUAUUGUAAUACCUGCAGCAAGUUCUGGUUCGCUGGAGAGUCGCAAUUCAGAAGACACAUGAGAACUCACGUCAAAAAAGUUUGGGAAGAAAAAUGUUCUACUUGUAACAUGAUCUUAGAUUCCCCUGAAGAAGCUGCUAAACAUUAUGUGGAAGACCAUCUGAAAGUGGAAUUUGUUUACUAAUUUCUAAUUUCACACAACACUAGUCUGCCUGCUUUGUAACUUUUAAAUGAAUCAUUUUUAAAAUGUGUUAUAUUUAUAUCGUAAAUAUUGUAUACAGGACUUGAAUAUUGGUCAGGAUCAUUUUUAAUAUAUUAUUGCCAUUUUAUUCUCUUGAAAGUAAAAUAAAAUCAUUUUUUUCAA